AAAGGUUUUCAGAGGCCAUCUCUGAAAUUUUUCUUUCUCGUUUUCUUGGGGGGGAAACAGCGAUCCAGCCAAAGCACCGUCGCUGUCUCCCCCCAUCAAGCAAUCGUCCUUCUUCAGACCUGUGCAGUUGCUCGUUGCUACUUUGUUGUUGCGCAGAAAUGCCGGCAAUCAACGGUCCCAACGCCAGCGAGGGCGUCCUUGACUACCGGAAGGCGGUUGAGCUCCUCGAUGAGUAUGACAGCAGAGAUGGUCUGAGUAUCCACGACCUCAUGGACACCAAGGUCCAUGGUGGUCUGACAUACAACGACUUCCUGCUGCUCCCUGGCUACAUUGGCUUCCCCGCGUCCGCAGUCACGCUCGACUCGCCCGUCACCAAGAAGAUCACGCUGAAGACGCCUUUGGUUUCGUCGCCCAUGGACACGGUCACUGAGCACGACAUGGCCAUCCACAUGGCGCUUCAGGGUGGCCUCGGCGUCAUUCACCACAACUGCUCCCCAGACGCCCAGGCCGACAUGGUGCGCAAGGUGAAGCGGUAUGAAAACGGUUUCAUCUUGGACCCCGUGGUCAUCAAGCGCGAGACUACCGUCGGCGAGGCCAAGGCGCUGAAGGAGAAGUGGGGAUUUGGCGGUUUCCCUGUAACAGAAUCCGGCAAGCUGGGGUCUAAGCUGCUCGGGAUUGUCACGAACCGUGAUAUUCAAUUCGAAGACGAUCUGGAUCGGCCCGUGUCCCAGGUCAUGGUGACCGAUCUCAUCACUGCUCCGGCUGGCGUCACUUUGCUUGAGGCCAACAAGAUCCUUGCCGAGUCAAAGAAGGGAAAGCUUCCAAUCGUUGACAAGGAGGGAAACCUCGUGUCGAUGAUCUCGCGCUCCGACUUGACCAAAAAUCUCCACUUUCCUCUGGCUUCCAAGACACCCGAUUCCAAGCAGCUCAUCUGCGCUGCCGCUAUCGGCACCCGCCCCGAGGAUAAGAUCCGUCUCGCCAAGCUGGUGGAAGCCGGCCUGGACAUCGUUGUCCUUGACAGCAGCCAGGGCAACAGCAUGUACCAGAUUGAGAUGAUCAAGUGGAUCAAGCAAGAGUUUCCUAACCUCGAGGUCAUCGGUGGUAACGUGGUGACCCGGGAGCAAGCAGCUGCUUUGAUUGCUGCUGGCGUGGACGGUCUCCGGAUCGGCAUGGGCAGUGGCAGCGCCUGCAUCACCCAAGAGGUCAUGGCUGUCGGCCGGCCUCAGGCCACAGCUGUCUACAGCGUCAGCUCGUUUGCCGCCCGGUUUGGGGUGCCGUGCAUUGCCGACGGUGGCAUUCAAAACGUUGGCCACAUAGUAAAGGGCCUCGCUCUUGGCGCCUCGACCGUCAUGAUGGGCGGUCUCUUGGCUGGCACGACCGAGUCCCCCGGCACGUCGUUCGUGUCCAGGGAGGGCAAGCUCGUCAAGGCUUACCGUGGCAUGGGCAGUAUCGAUGCCAUGCAGGACAAAAAGGCUGGAGGCGGCGGCAAGGACAGCCAGAAGAGCAAUGCCGGCACGGCUCGUUAUUUCUCGGAGGGCGACAGCGUCUUGGUCGCGCAGGGUGUCUCGGGCGCUGUGGCGCACAGAGGAUCCGUCACGAAGUUCAUUCCGUACCUCGCUGCGGGUCUCAAGCACUCGAUGCAAGACUGCGGCAUGAAGAGCCUCAAGGAACUCCACGAGUGUGUCGCCAAUGGCACCGUUAGGUUCGAGAUCCGCACCGCCAGCGCCCAGCUGGAGGGUGGCGUGAACAUGGAGACAUACGAGAAGAAGCUUUAUGCCUAAGCUGUCGAAGUGUCGUAUCGGAAGUGGCACACAAGUACACGGAAAAUAGCGGAAUGACUUGGGACGGUUGCUGUGAUGUUACGGAGUUUGGUGGGACAUGGGGUGAUACGAUCGGGCUACAAUCAGCUUGUGAUAUGGGGACACUUCGCCUUUGGGAACUCGCGUUAACACCAUAUGAGAGUAAGACAAGGAUAUAUUCAACACAUUCUUUUGCCGUUGCUAUGUCGAAUGAUAUGAGAUACCCCUGGGCAAGUUGACCACUUCGCUGCGGAGAGUGGGCAGUUGUAAACGAAGAGGGUCUACUCGCCCAAGGGUAGCAUAUGAGCAGACAAUUGAUUCCAUAUAAAGC